UGUACCAUACUGUCCCAUGAUGCUUUGAUUUUGUCCAAACAAGGCACAGACGACAUACAACUGGAGCUAUUGUGGAAAGCCGUACUGUUUUUGGUGCAAACAAUCACGUUUAAUAACUCUCAACAGCCCUUGAUUUUAAAGAAUGACGGACCGCUACACCAUUCACAGCCAGCUGGAACAUUUGCAGUCUAAAUACAUCGGGACGGGCCAUGCAGACACCACCAAGUGGGAAUGGCUCGUGAACCAGCACCGGGACUCCUACUGCUCCUACAUGGGCCACUUCGACCUGCUCAAUUACUUCUCCAUCGCCGAGAACGAGAGCAAAGCCAGGGUCAGGUUCAAUCUCAUGGAAAAGAUGCUACAACCCUGCGGCCCCCCAUCUGAUAAACCAGAUGACAUGUAGAUGCAGGAACAUUAAUAAUAAAUAUCUGUCAAGAGUGGAGUGACGUUAACAGCGAUUAACGAAGUUUAAACUGCAGAAAGAAAGAAAAGACGUGGAAAAAAUGCAGCUUUUAAGCAGUGUUGAACUGUUUAAAUGCAUUAUUUUGACAUUAAUGAACAAUUAAGAAUAUGGGCCGUCUGGUUUAUACCAAUUUUGUAUGGAGUCGAAUUGGGCGUAAUUGUUGAUAAUAUUUUGACCAUGUCCAGUCGGCAUUUAUUAAAAUUAUCAAUAAAUUGUUUACAAAUA